AUGUGUGAUAUAAUGCCUACGAUUGCUGAAGAUGGCAAUUCAAGUCAGGGUGAUCGGGAUUCGCAAGUUAGCGGAGAAGGGAAUACAGUUGAAGAUAUGCUCCUCAGCAUCCUGGAUGAACGUGAUCGAUUGAUGGAAAACUUUCAAGAAGCCCAGGAACAGCUUAACUACUCGCAAAGCAGACUGUGCGAACUCGAAAGAGAAAAAGAUUGCCUUUCUCGACAACUUCGGGAGAAAAUUCCCGAGGACAUUGCUGUGUUAGCCAAGGAUGUGCAGUAUUAUCGAGAUCAAUUAAUGGAACGUGAAGAUGAGAUUCAAGAAUUGAAGGCAGAACGCAGUAACACUAGGCUAUUGCUGGAGCAUCUAGAGUGUCUUGUUGCCCGGCACGAGCGUUCUUUACGAAUGACUGUUGUAAAGCGGCAGAUGUCAAGCCCUGGAGGCGUUAGUUCCGAGGUCGAAGUUUUAAAGGCCCUCAAAUCGCUCUUCGAACACCACAAGGCUAUGGACACACGGCUCAGAGAGAGGCUUCGUGCUGCUCUUGAACGAGCUGCUCAGCUUGAGGAGGAGGUCCGCCUAUCAGCUACGGAUCGUGCUUCCCUAAGGGAACAACUGGCAGCAACUCUAGCCAACAUUGCUGCUAGUAGUGGCAACGGGGUGUCGGCGGUAGACGCGGAUGGCAAGAAGGAGGCUGGCGGUGCCCUCGAGUCUCAGCCGCCUGGUGGCCCCCCACUCAACGGAGGAGAACCCGCAGGGGCACGAGACGGCGGGAGGGACGCCGAAAACCCCGAGGGGACCAAUUACGCGGCCGUCGCUGCUGCUGCCGCCGCCAGUGCUGCGGCUACCGAGCGCAAACUUGUUGAGGUAACGGAGAAGGCGCGAGAUCUCGAGUCAAAUGUCUCCACUCUUCAGAAAGAUCUCGGGCGUGCGCAAGACCAGGUCACUCGGCUGCAGCGUGACCUCCGGGAGUCGGAAGCCCAACGCGAGGACCAGGAGGCGCGCAUCUCGACGCUGGAGCAGCGCUACCUGGCCGCCCAGCACGACGCCACGGCUGCUCACGAGAAAGCCAAUCGUAUUGGCGCCGAUCUGAUCAGUCGAGACUCUGAGCUGAAGCAGGUACCCUUGAAGAGCCACCCUUUCUCUGCACGGUGCACUUUAUACUCAGCGGUUUCGGAGGAACGUGUUAGUCAUCUAAAGAUUGAAUUGGAUAUGCUUCGGAACAAAAAUGAGGAUCUACAGGUCAUGAUGGAGAAGUACCAAAGCCAAGAAGGUGGUCAGCCCUCGUCUACCGCGUCUGCGAGCACUACGUCUCCCUUCGUUGAGAACGUUGCCGGCGAUCAGCACGAGUCGACUAUUAAAGCCAUGAAGGCGGAAUUGAGCCAGGCUGACGACCGAUUGCGAGAAGUGCAGGCAGCCAUGGCCGAGACCCAGGCGGAGUUACAGCGGGCCAGGCAGCGCGAGAGACUUAAUGAGGACCACAGCGCUCGUCUAACUGCCACUGUUGACAAGCUUUUACUGGAGUCGAACGAGCGACUCCAAACUCAUCUUCGAGAGAAGAUGGCGGUAAUGGAAGAGAAAAAUCAACUAACUGCCGAACUGGAUCGCGUUCGACGGCAGAUGGAGUCAAUUCAGUCAGAACGCGACCGUCUACUUAAUGAACUUGACAGACUUCGAAGGCAAGCUUCUCUCGCGGAAUCUCUUGACUUUCCUGGCCUCAAUAGUGAGUAUUUAUCUAUUCCCUUCCGGCUUUAA